GAUUCCAAGUUUUUCAUUCGUAAGUUCAGUUCGAUUGAGAAAAGGAACCUCUCGAUUCUGAACAGUACAGAAAAAAAGAGUUCCUAUUCUCAUGGUUAGAACUUUUUUCUUCUUAUUUUCUAACGAUUACCUUUUGUUUUUGUUUUCCAAUGGAAGAGAAUAAAAAACAAAUUCUAUUUCUCUGUCUACCUGUUUUCUUUUUCACCAACAACCUUGUAAUUUAAUUGUUAUCACCUUAAUCAAUUGUUAACUAUUAACGUCUUUCAUCAAUUAACCAACAAUCUACCAGAAACAAUACACAUAAAACUUUCAUCAACUUUUAAUUACAAUCAUUUUUUUUUCUUCCUCAAUAUUAACUUUACCUGGAAAUUGAAUUUAUCUUCAUAAGCUCUUGACACUAUCAAGGAGUGAAAAGGAGACACAAACACAAUUAACUGAUUGUUAAUUUGGUUCCUCAUUUUUGGUUUGACUGAUUAAACGAAUGGAUUUUGUGACUAAUUUGAUUUAAGAAUUGGUGAGAAAACGAGUUGGGAAAAAUUGUUUUGGAAACUUUUGUUCGAAGUGAAUAAAACUUUCGCUAUCGAAACCUUGUUCUAUGCUUGGUUCUGGACGGAAGGCUCGACGAUUCUCGAGUCUACGAUUUACUAACGGAAAGGUAACCAAUCGUUCAGUGUCACUUAAUGAAGACUAUCUUAAUGAUAACAAUGCUUUCAUUGUUAUUGAUGGUUCAUCAAUUACUUUAAGUGAUGAAGGACAACAACAUCAAUCCCAUCAUCUUAAUCAACAACACGAAUAUCAUCAAUUAAAUCAGCGACAUCAAUCCCACCAUCAUCAUCAUAACAAUAAUCAAGUGUUUCAAUCAUCAAGUGUAAAAGAAAUGAAUUAUAUUAAAAGUGAACCCAAUUCGCACCCUGGAUCCCCACCGGUCAUCACGGUUCGGGAAAGUUCAUCGGCAACGGUCAAUGAGAAAGAUGAUAUCAGUCUUUAUGGUACACCGAAGGAGGAAAUGGCCCCAGGGUUUGCUGAGGCCAAAGCCUCGUUCAUGCGACAUCAGAUCGAAGCGCUUUUCCAACCCUCCGAUAAUAAAUUAGCGAUGAAACUUUUUGGUUCUAAAAAAGCUCUAAUGAAGGAGCGACUUCGGCAAAAAGAGUCCGGUCAUUGGAUAAUUCACCCUUGCAGUAAUUUCAGGUUCUAUUGGGAUCUUUGUAUGUUACUCUUAUUAGUCGCUAAUCUAAUUGUCCUUCCAGUUGCAAUAUCUUUUUUUAAUGAUGAUUUAUCAACCCGUUGGAUAGCAUUUAAUUGUCUAUCAGAUACAAUCUUUAUCCUGGACAUUGUUGUUAAUUUUAGAACAGGCAUCAUGAAUCCCGAUUUACCUGAACAAGUGAUAUUAGAUCCAAAGCAAAUUGCUCGACAAUAUAUUCGAAGUUGGUUUUUUCUCGAUCUGAUUAGUUCGAUACCUUUAGAUUAUAUCUUCCUUAUAUUUAAUCAAGAAUAUAGUUUUCACCUUCUCCAAGCGGGAAGGGCACUUAGAAUCUUUCGUUUCGCCAAAAUGUUAAGCUUAUUAAGGUUACUGCGACUGUCGAGAUUGGUUCGAUACGUUAGCCAGUGGGAGGAAGUAUAUAUGCAAAGUUUGGCCUCAAUGAGGGUCACCAGUGGUAUUUUCGCUUAUAUUAAUCGCCUAUGUGGUGAUUCCGACAUUCACAAGUUCCUCAACAUGGCAAGUGUCUUUAUGAAGAUAUUCAAUCUCAUUUGUAUGAUGUUAUUGAUUGGCCAUUGGAGUGGUUGUCUUCAAUUUCUGGUCCCAAUGCUUCAAGGUUUCCCAUCUAAUUCAUGGGUGGCAAUCAAUGAAUUAAAGGAUGUUUGGUGGAUGGAACAAUAUUCAUGGUCACUUUUCAAAGCGAUGUCUCAUAUGCUAUGUAUUGGUUAUGGUCGUUUUCCACCGCAAAGUUUAACCGAUAUGUGGUUAACACUGUUAAGUAUGAUUAGUGGUGCUACUUGUUAUGCUCUGUUCCUUGGACACACAACCAAUUUAAUACAAUCAUUAGAUUCUUCGAGGCGACAAUAUCGUGAAAAGUUAAAACAAGUUGAAGAGUAUAUGGCCUAUCGGAAACUUCCGCGUGACCUGAGAGCACGAAUCUGUGACUAUUUUGAGCAUCGGUAUCAGGGUAAAUUUUUCGAUGAAGAUGCAAUCUUAGAUGAACUUUCAGAGAAACUGAGAGAGGAUGUAAUUAAUUAUAACUGCCGGUCAUUAGUGGCCUCUGUACCAUUUUUUGCCAAAGCUGAUAUUGAUUUUGUGAACGCUGUUGUUACCAAAUUGAAAUAUGAAGUCUUCCAGCCUGGAGAUAUAAUAAUUAAAGAGGGAACCAUUGGGAAUAAAAUGUAUUUCAUUCAGGAAGGAAUCGUUGAUAUUGUCAUGUUCAACGGUGAAGUUGCUACCAGUCUAUCUGAUGGUUCAUAUUUUGGCGAGAUCUGUUUGUUAACCAAUGCCCGACGAACGGCUUCAGUUAGAGCGGAAACUUAUUGCAAUCUAUUUUCAUUAUCGGUUGAACAUUUUAACGCGGUUCUUGACCAAUAUCCCGUUAUGAGACGAACAAUGGAAUCAAUUGCUGCCGAAAGAUUGAACAAAAUUGGUAAAAAUCCUUCAUUGGUCAGUCAACGGGAAGAUUUACAAACUGACCUAAAAGCGGUCAACGAAUUGAUCACCUUAUCAACAAUGUCAGCUCAAAGUCUUGAUGAAGACUCAGAUUCGGAUAAAAAUUUAAUGUUAACAAUUAAAAAAGCCUUACCUAGACCCAAAUCUGAAACAUGUUUCAAAUUAGGACCAGUUUAUAAUAACAAUACCACUGAUCCAUCAAACAACAACACCAACACACCAGCAACAACUUCAACACAAGAAAAUAAUAAUACUUACAACACAAGCAAUACUUAUGAUGGUAAUAAUAGUAACAAUCGAUCACCACCUCAUGAUCGACCACGAACUCAUUCAACAUUUGGUUUAAAACCAUAGAAAAUCAAGAGAAACAAAAAUACAACAAUUAACAAAUCACUAAACGCUAAUACAUAUAAUCAACUUUUCUUAAUUAAAACGAUAAUAAAAACAAACUUAAACAUUAAA